AUAUCUUCUCCGUGUUUUGGUUUCAGGUUAAAAUAAAUAUGGGCGUGCCACUACGUGUUUUAGGUUUGAAGAGUUUUAUUUAAGUUCAAGAUCACAUCUCUAUGUUAACUCAACCACUCACUAUGCGUGUGAACUAUCCACAGUAACUUAGUUCAUUCAUUUUGCACGAGUAAAGUUACAGCUGACGCAUCUAACUGCUCUUACCCUCACUGUUGCUUAAGAUGAGAUAAUUAAGUUACUUUCCCCAGUCUACUGCAGAAGAAACGUUUAUUAGCAGAGUCUAACUUUAUGUUUUUGGAGAGCCAACUUACUUGGCUAGCUUCAUCCGUGUACUCCCGCAUUAAUCCGAGCUGCGUCUAGAUGGAGGCUCGUAGACGGAUCGUGGCGGCCGCGGGACGCGUGAUAAUGGACGCGGUGCAGGCGGAGUGGGAGCCGCUGUCUCACUGGGAGCUGGACCAGCGGCUGGACCGAGCCGUGGAGGAGAUGAUAGAGGCUGACCUGGUGGCCCAGGUCCAGGAGCACGCCGCCUCGGUGCUGAAGCACGCCUCUCAACAGGAGGAUUCAUCGCCAGCGGACCGGGAUCAGACAGCGACUCUGCGGGCGUCAGGGUCCAGGAGCGUCCAGGAGUCUGCCCUGCAGCGCGCGCAUGCUACUGAAGCCAUGGAGGCCAACCCUACAGUACAGUAUGUGACAAAUUUUCUGCAAAGCUCCAACACAGGCUACAGCAAGAACCGAUUGUCCGGAAGAGCUCGACUGUCCUUGUCUCACACUGUCCUGCUGUCCCUCACCCUCCUGUCCAAACGCAUCAGCUACCGCAGCGUGUCCUCUAGUUUCCAUCUGGAGAAGGGGAAUAUUCACAGGAUCUUCUUCUCUUUCUGUGAACAAGUGAUCACACAAAAGGAUCGGCUCAUUCAGUGGCCUACAGGACAGGAGGCCCUACAACAUCUGCUUCCUUUCUCCAGCUGGCUGAGUCGCAGUGAGGGUCUGGAAGAGAGAGGUCUCCCUCGAGUGCUCGGUGUGCUGGGCCACACACGCAUCCCCAUCCGCCUGCCUGCUGGCAAACCAGACAGUGAGAGCGACGCUCCGGAGAACGAACCACAUCCAGAUUCAUGGCUGAACUUGGAACUGGUCUGCAAUGACAAAGGCCGCUUCAUUUACUGCCACAUCAGCAAAGGAUCCGAAAAAGACCGAGGAAGCACGUUAGCUGAAAGGAUUCUGCAAAACCCUGAGAUGGUGCCCCCGGGGACCUGCCUGAUAGCCGGAGUCGGAUACCCGCUCACAGAACAAAUACUUACUCCGUUCUCAGCAGGUCGAAACCCGCAGGAAAACCUCUUCAACCGAUCGGUGGGGAGCCAUUUGGGCCGAUUCAACCAGGCUGUGGCGGACUUAAAGGAGCGAUUCCAGAAAUUGAGAUAUUUAGAUAUGGGAAACUACGACAGGGCGAAAGCAGUGGUUCUGACUGCUUGUAUAUUACACAACGUGUUUCUGGACAUGGGGGACGUGACAAAGGGACUGGUAGAGAGCAGCACACCGGAAGACGUGGACGAGGUAAACGAAGAUGCUGCUGGGGUGAAAAUGAGAGAGACUGGUGAAUCUGCUUUACAGCACAUUGGAAGCAGCACCACAAUAAGAUUUCGAGACUGAUUUGCAUAUUUAAAAGGAUAGUUCACCCAAAACAGAAAUUGUCAUCCUUUCCUCAUCAUUCUAAACCCAUGUGACUUUCAUUCAUCUUUGCAACACAAAUGAAGACAUUUUUAUUAUCUUUUUAUCAUUUCUGUCCAUCCAUUCAAAGUUCACAAAGCCAAAACUUUCACUCAUCAAAAAGAUUAAUAUGGUUAAACAUAAACCAUAUGAAUCGAGUGGAUUAAGUCUUCUGAAGUAAAACAGUUGCUUUAUAUAAUAAACAGAUUUAAUUUAGGGUCGUGAAUAAAAGCUGUGAGUGUAAGUAAAUAAAAAGUGAAUUUCUUUAACAAUCUUUCUGUGAACUUUUUGAACCAUCAAAGUUUUGGUGGAAUGGAGCAAAGUUUCAUUUAAAAUAUAAUUAGUGUUUUCAAGGUGAACAGAAGUCUAAUAACAGAAUUGUCAUCUAGGGUGAACUAUCACUCCAAAGCUCUGAGAUUCUGUAUGUGGUUAAUGGAUGAAGAAAGUUUUGGCAUAAAAUAUUGAAACAGGUUUUGUAUGAUUUUUUUUUUUAUUAACAUUAAAUACAAUUACUCAUUUUACAUGAAUACGACUAUUUAAACUAGUUAUGUUUAUAUAUAUAUAUAUUUUUUUUUUACUUGGUUUUAGUUAUUUUAUUACUUGAACUUUAACUAAACAAAAGUGAAAAUUUAUGUUUGAGACAAUAAUUGCAUAAUAAUAAAAAUGCAACCCCCGUAUAUUAUUUCAGUUAAUGUUAAUGAAUUUUUGUAUGUUUUUAGUUUAAGUUAAUGAUAAUAACACUGGUCCAUUAAAGUCAAAACAAAACACUGUCACAAACUAAGGAAUGAUAUGUAAACGAUGACAGAAUUGUGAUUUUUGGGUGAACUAUUUCUUUUGAAGCUCUUGAGAUUCUGUGUGUAAUUGAUAAAUAUUUUGUGGCAUUAAAAAAUGCUUUAGCAGAAAACACGUGGUAAACAUUUUGUAUGAUUUUUAUUAAAACACAAAAAUACUAUGUA